UCAACUUCCGCAUCCUUGGGGAGGAAAAGAAACUUGAGGAGGGUGAGCUCCCAAAACUAUGCAAAAAUGUCUGGGAUGAGGGAGGUGUACAGGGCUGGCUGGCUGAAGAAAAUCACAUCAGAUGACAAGAAAAAGUCAUUCAAGAACCCGCGGGUCGAGAAGGUAUGGAUGGUGUUCUGCGUGCACGACGAGCAGACGCCGUUCCUGGAGCAGUACGGGUCGCGGCAGGCGGCCGCCGGCCACCAGCCCGAGUUUGGCUACCCGCUGGCCGAGUGCUACCACGUGUCGGCCAGCAUCCGACCCACGCUGGCCUCCGAGCACGAGUUCGUCAUCACACUCCGACAGGAUGUCGUCAAGUUCUCGUCCUCGCGCAGUGAGGUAAUAAACGACUGGAUAUCGAUCCUCCGUAACCAGCUGCACGAACUGAAGGUCCUCGAGUCCAAAUCGAACCUGUACUCGAAGGCGCCGCGGUUGCCCAUGCAGUUCGGGCUGCAGCGUGACCCGAACUCUCCGCUGCCGGCUCCGCCCCAGCCGCCGGUGCUCAGCGCGCCGCUGCUCGGCUCCGCAGCGGCGCCGCGGCCGCGGCUGGCGGCUGCCCCCGCUCCGUCCACCUCAUCAGCCGACGUCACAGUCACCUCGUCUGUGGCCACAUCGAGAGCCGAGAACACGUACUCCGUGUCGCCCAGCGCGACCGCCGCUGGCGCCGCUCCUACCGUCCCCACCAGCUGCGGAGGCGCAGCUCCGGAGCCGUCCGUACCGGCGGCGCCGCGCCGGGUCGCCCCCACCGUACCCGUCACCGUGCGAGCCGCACCCGUCACGCCCCCGGCCUCCCCGCCAGCGCACUGGACCCGGUUCGACGACGAGCCGAGCUCACCGCUGCCCUCGCCGCCGCCUCCGCCUGGCGUGCCGAGCUCGACGGCCCCGCUCACCCCUCCGACCCCUCCGGCGGCCGGCGGACGAGCCGCCGCCGACGAGCAUGUGACCGUCAUCAGUGUCGGGGAGGCGCUGCGACUGACCGUACCCGACUCAGCUGGAGGUGGUGAGGCCUCUCCGCCCCGUCAGAGGCGGAUGACGGCCCCGGCGCGGCCGGCGGCUGUCCCUCCGCCGGCGGCGCAGAGUGUGGCGGAGAGGAGAGCGGACCGCUCGCCGCUCGCAGCGUCCCCACCGGCACAGCCGGCCGCGGAGGAUAUUCUGCUCUACGAGCGACUCAGUGAGGCCAGCAGCGCGGCGGCGGCCAGCAGAGCGGUGCCUUCGGUAUCAGCUGCAGCCGCGGUGGUGACAACCGCGGCCGAGUCCGCCCGGACGUCGACAGUAUCGCCGCCGAUAGAUUCCAGCAGAUCACAUCCGGUCCUGCCGCCGACACCGCCCGCAGCCGCGGCGGGGACGACAGGAGCCACGGCGGGGGCGGGGGAGGCCGGCCGGGGGCACUCCACGGUACAGCGCUCACACAGCUCGGUUCCGCAGCAGCGGCCGUCGAUGCGGCCACCGCUGCAGCGUCAGACUAGUGAUACCAGCCUGGACAGCCGCGGCGCGACCGCCGGCCGGCCCCGGCCCGCCGUCGACCCUUCGCGCAGGGACGGCGCGGCGCGUCAGCUCAGUCUGCGCGAACACCAGGUGAUGGUGCUUCGCCGGGAGAUCGCGCACCGGCCCGGCGUGCGUAUGAUGCUGCCGCGACGCACUGUCAGCGGCGCACUGGCGCUCGUCGAUGGAUUCGGCGCCGUCUGGCUUGCCGGCUGGCGGUGGAAGGAGCAGCCGGCGCUAGCCUGCGCGCUGCACGUCGGUGACCGGAUCGCCUCCGUGGCCGGCGUGGCCGUCACCUCGGCAGCAGAGUUCGGCAGACUCGUCAAACAGCAGCAGGCGCCCGUGGUGGAGCUGGUGGUACAGCGGAUGCCGCACGCCAUCGUGGUGGCCAUGAAACGGGAGCACGAGGGCCAGCCGCUGGGCCUGGUCCGGGACGGAGCCACCGGAGAACUGCUGCAGGUGUUGCCCGACGGCCUGGCCGCCAGCCACGGCCUUCCGGCGCGCUCUGGCUCUGCUGACGGCCUCUCCCUCUGCAACUGGUACAUCACCGAGGUCAACAGCCGUGCGGUCAGCCUGUUCAGCAAGGGCGACGAGCUGGGCAGCCGGCUGGCGGCCGUCGGGCGCGACAUCUCGCUGGUCGUCCAGCCGGCGGAUCUCGUCAAGCUGCUGAAGCGACAGCUGAAGGCCAUCCGCGGAUAUAAGCAGUAUGUGGUGCAAUAGAGGUGAUCUGUGGACCUACUGACCACGGCCUGCCGUCGACCGGGGAGGGUGGAACCCUGUCUCGGUCUGUGGGUCGUGUGGUGGCUUGUGAUGGUCUGAUGCCGUGCGGGCCUGGUCUGGUGUGGCCCCUGGCGGUCUGAUAGCCGUCUUCCCUCCCCUGACGCCGUGUCUCGCCGCCGUGGGUCGCGGAAUUGCGGCUGUCUUGUGGAGCCGCCCUGUUGUGAUCUAAUGAUGUGAAUUUAUCUGCCUUUGGACUGAGGUGGCCCGUGUGGUUGGACCGGCGUGGUACCGCGGGGUGAGGCCACGCUGGAAGCUCCUCGGGGACCGGGGGCGGGCCCGGUAGCCCGCCCCGCACUGUGAUUGGAUGCACUGCACAACGAGUAGAGUAUGUCCGGCCGCGGCGCAAAGACUGCGUGUGUGGCCGCCGUGGCCGGCUCGCUAGUUAGACGAUGCACGUGUGCUCCGCCUUGUGCCGAAGUCCCGUGAGGGACGCUCUGAUGACAUCGAACCUGGGGUGAUAACAUUGUGUCUACGUUUGCAACAUCGAGAAUAGAUAUUAGAUCUCCACACUGGAUGGUGUCCGUGCACCAUGCCUUGACAUUGCACUGCGUAUUUGGGAUUUGUAUUCUCGACAUGCAAUUGCACAUGUGUGAUAUGGUGCUUCCACGCGAAUUAGAUUAUGAUGCACUUUUUUACGAACUUACAUUAUAUAGGUUUUUAUUAUAUCUAAUAAAAAGGUAACACUGA